GUGCUCCCUGACCUGGUCCUUUUGUGCCUUGCUGCUCUGUGGGGUGGAUGCCAUCGAGCUGACAGAUAUGUUUGGGGAGAUCCAGUCUCCCAACUUCCCCGAUUCCUAUCCCAGCGACUCAGAAGUGACCUGGAACAUUUCUGUGCCUGAGGGAUUUAAAAUCAAGCUGUACUUCAUGCAUUUUGACUUGGAGUCAUCCUAUCUCUGUGAAUACGACUAUGUAAAGAUUGAAGCUGAGGACCAGGAGCUGGCAACCUUCUGCGGCAGGGAGACGACAGACACGGAGCAGGCUCCCGGCCAGCAAGUGAUCCUGUCCCCAGGGCCCUACAUGGGGCUCACGUUCAGGUCCGACUUCUCCAACGAGGAGCGCUUCACCGGCUUCGACGCUCACUACACGGCCGUGGAUGUGGACGAGUGCCUGGAGAAGAGCGACGAGGAGCUGGCAUGUGACCACUACUGCCACAACUACAUCGGCGGCUACUACUGCUCCUGCAGGUUCGGCUACAUCCUCCACUCCGACAACAGGACCUGCAAAGUGGAGUGCAGCGACAACCUCUACACCCAGCGGAGCGGGGUGGUCACCAGCGCCGACUUCCCCAGCCCCUACCCCAAGAGCUCGGACUGCCUGUAUCGUAUCGAGCUGGAAGAGGGCUUCUUCAUCACCCUGAGCUUCGAGGACAGCUUCGAUGUGGAAGACCACCCUGAGGUGACCUGUCCUUACGACUACAUCAAGAUCAAAGCUGGCCAGAGGGAGUUUGGCCCUUUCUGUGGAGAGAAGUCCCCGGGACGCAUUGAAACCCAAACCAACAGCGUGCAGAUCCUGUUCCACAGUGACAACUCGGGAGAGAACAGGGGCUGGAAGCUGUCGUACACAGCAAUCGGAAACCCGUGCCCACUGGUGCAACCACCAAUCAAUGGGAAAAUCGAGCCUUCCCAAGCCAAGUACACCUUCAAAGACCAGGUUGUCAUCAGCUGUGACACUGGAUACAAAGUCCUGAAGGAUAACCUGGAAAGCGACUCCUUCCAGAUCGAGUGUCUAAAGGACGGGACCUGGAGUAACAAGAUCCCUAUCUGCAAAA